GUAAAAUAAUGCAGAUUUUGAGUCUUUAAUUAAUUUUUAUCUCCCUCAUAUUGAUAUUACCACAGCUACCUGUGAGCUACAAAUUUGGAAAGAAAAAAUGAAGCGCAUGGUAACCAAGGAUGAUGAAAUGUUGCCAUCAAAUGCAUUACAUGCUAUCAAGCAUUGCGAUCCAGUUAUAUUUCCUAAUAUAUUUGUUUUAUUGAAAGUUCUAUGUACACUUCCCGUCUCGACUGCAACGCCAGAGAGAUCCUUUUCUAGUUUAAAAAGAGUAAAAUCCCAUCUCAGGAAUAGUAUGAAAGAGGAUCAUCUUAAUGGAUUGGUGCUCCUGAGUUAUUACAGGAAUAUUGAAAUCACACUAGAAGAAAAUAUAUCAGAUGAAAUGGCCAAAAAGCCGAGAAAAAUAGAUCUUCUGUUAUAAUUAAAUUAUACUAUAGCCAAUUUCAGUAGUCUAGUAUAGUAGUAAAUAUAUCGUGUUAACAUAUAAUGUUUUAAAUAUUAUUUCAAUAUUAUUAUGAACCCUCCCCCCCCCAUAAAAAAUCCUGUCUACGGCACACCCUACUACCUACCUACACCAUAUUAUUUGCAUUUUUCUGCAUAAAUGCUGAACCCGUCAGCACGUAAUUAAUUGUAUCGGUGUAAUUAUUAUGAUGGUUGGUCAAUUACAUACGUACUUUAACGGCUAGUAGACAUUAUUCUUACGUGUUUACGAUUUUGAAAUUUCCAUCUCAAAUAAUCAUUUCGAUUUAUCAUAUGACCUUUACCAUUGUUAUACAUAAGGCCGGGUAAUUUU